GCUGUGCCCGCUCCCCCGGGUCCCUGUGCCCGGCUCCGCCGCCGCUCGCCAUGGAGCCCAGCGGGACCCACAGUGGGCCCCGGGCCUGCCUCGGGUACUGCCGCACACACAAGGGGCUGGUGAUGCUCGGAGAGAUCUCCCUGUGUGUCCUGGCCCUCGUGUGCUUCGGGGCCUCGCGCACUCCGGGUUACUCGGGGCUGGCGCUGGCGCAGUUGGUGCUGGCGCUGCUGCUGCUGCUGGUGUGGGGCUGCCGCCUGCCCCCCCGCCUGCGCCUCGUGCACUGGGGAUGGACCGACUUCAUCCGCUGCGUGGUGGGGGCCCUGCUCUUCCUCAUCACCUCCCUCAUCGUCAUCAUCGGGCACCGCGAUGGGGCCGGCACCGCGGCCGGGGUCUUCGGGCUCCUGGCUGGGAUCCUGAUGGGAUACGAUGCUUACAUCACGCUGCCGACGCGGCAGGGACCGAGUGCGACCACCACUGAGUCCCCGGAUGGAGCCUGACCGCCCCCCGCCCCCACUGACCCCUCCCAACCCCCCCACGGAGGAGCUCGGCCUUAACUUAUCCCCCCCCCCCACCGCAAGUGCCUUUUCCGUCCCUGCCCCCCCCGGGGGCCGAUAUUUGGGGUAAUAAAGAGGUUUUUUGGU